GCACAGUGUUAGAGAAUCCAGUGUACCUUCGAGGACACGUCAGGGAGGCGAACGCGUUUUGUUUUGGAGACCUUGCGGGAUACAGACAGCGCAAGCACCGAUGGAGAGAAAGGACCAUUAGCCAUAGUCCUGGGGAAAUACGCAGAAGCAGUAUUCCAUGUCUCUUCUCUGCCCUGUUAUUGAUGGGAAACCAACUGGACCGGAUCACCCACCUGAACUACAGCGAGCUACCCACCGGGGAUCCAUCGGGCAUCGAGAAGGACGAGUUGCGUGUUGGCGUGGCGUAUUUCUUUUCCGAUGAGGAGGAAGAGCUGGACGAUCGAUCGCAGUCGGACAGCUUUAAAGACAACAACAGCCCUAGCAAAGACGGUCCGGUUGCGCUCAAUGAAAUCGAAUACUCGGCGUUCUGCUGCCAGGAAUGUAUAUACUCCAAACUGCGAGAGAACGAGGACCUGAAUGUUUAUUCGGUGAAAACUUUAUUGACCAUGUGCAAACCCGGGGAUCUACUGGAGUUAGUGGCCAACGCACAACCCCCGCACUGGGCAAUCUUUGAAGGGGAGGAUCAGGUUAUUCACCUCUACAAGGGGGAGAUCCGCAAGGACAGCUUAUUUGAGAUCAGCUGCGGUCGGCAGGGCAGGAUAGUGAACAAUCGGUACCGCUACCGACCGCUGCCAGCUGAUUUGGUGAUGCAGAACGCGAGCGGGCACGUGGGGCUCAGCAGCGGCGAGAUUUGCUGGACGAACUCGGAAAGUUUCGCAGCCUGGUGCCGUUUCGGCAAGCGGGAGUUUAAAGCGGGCGGGGAGGCGCACUCGGUCGAGCAGCGCUACUUUCUGAAGGUGCACCUGUCCGAGAGCACCGCGCACACGCUCAUGUUCCGCAGCCUGGAGGAGAUGAUACGCGAGAGACGGCGUGUGGACGCCAGUGGCAUUCUCAAGGAGCUGUCGCUGGUGACCGGCAAGGAAUGAGCGCUUGGGACUCUCUGCAUGCCUUGAGCAAGGGCUGCUUACCUUUAUUUCAGGACUUUGGGAAGGUUGUGCGUAUUUGUGUGAACAUGUUUUGGCAAAGACAACGCCCCUUUUGGUUUUGCUGUGAGAACCGAUGGCCCCACUAAAGUCACCCUGUACCUUUAAAAAGGAAAAAGAUAAAACAUAAGGUGAGCCCUCAUCACAAAUCUCCCAUGAACCGAUACAGCCCCCUCAAAUUCGCACCCGAGCCCUGCUGCGGCAGAUGGUGACCACGAUGUGUUCAUAUGUCUGUGGCAAGCCGUUUUGACAUUUAUUCCUUAAGACUAACUAGCAUUUGUUUUUGCUGUUAAUACUCAUUAUUCUAAUAACUACUCAAACAGUUUCUAGUAUCUAUUUCAGUUGUCCCAGCAACAUUUGAAUGGACACUAGUAGCGUGUAUUCCAAUAGUUACGUGUAAUAUUUUAAUCGCACUAGUAAGAUUCUGUUUAAACCAUAAAGAAGCCAUUACAUUUAAGUGAAAAAGCAAAUGUUACUAGUGAGAUGAAGAAUGUUACUUGUAACAGUUGAGAUAAAUAUCAAUAGCUUAGUACCCAAUGAAUGGUACUAGUCAAGCUGGAGUUGAAUAGUUCAUAUCUGAACCACAGAUUCUAAAUUUGUACCGUGGCAUAGGCUAUUUGCUUGUCAGUUGUGACAGUUGAAUGAAUAAUUAGGAUAUGUGAAAUCAAUAAAGACGGUAUAGUCGCUAGUGGACUACUCUAUGUAAAUUAAAUGAGUAAAGUUAAAGGAAUAAAGGUAAAACAGCUUGCCACAUGUCUCUUAUUUGACGGAACUCCAGAGCUUUAAUAUUAAACGUGGAGCUGUUAUUGCGCAUCUGUCCAGCUGCAUUAGUUCCUCUAAACCCCUACAGGCGACAACACACGAGCCUUUGUUUUCAUUCUGUUAUUAACAAACGCAGCGAACAUUCUUCUGUUUUUGGAGUCCAUAUUUUUGUAUUUCAGUUAGUACAUUUAAAAAAAAAAAAAAAUGUUUUUAUUUAAAUAAACGUAGAUUGCCCUAUGAAAAUUGCGUUGGUCUCUAGCUCUUUUUCAUACUGUUUUGCCUGCCUACGAAUGCAAUAAGUAAGCACGUGCUGGCUGAGGUAGCCUCACGCCAGAGCCUAACCUAUAAUUCACAUAUCAACCUUCUGUAGUGUUCACAGUAUCGAUCAUUCCUUCAUUUCAUUUAUGAUGGAUUUAUUUCCCGCCAGCAGGGCAAUCAUUUGUUAUCAUUGCUGCAUUAGUAUGCCUUAUGGGCAGCUGUUGAUGCAUGGAGACACUGUCCUUUUGUUCCUGGCUUGUUAUGGUGGAUGAUCAUCAGCAGCGUGUUUUUAACUUUGACUCAUAGGAGACACUUUUUAUUCUAUAUUCCGUCUGUUACUUUAAUUAUACAUAUCAAGUUUAUGACUGCUCCGCUUGUGGUCCAGAAGCCAUACAUCCAAAUUAACUGCAGUCUCCAGUUUUGGCUGCAAGGUUUGCAUUAAGUAAUGGGAGAGCUGUGUAUAUGUGUGUGUCUGUGCACAUAGACGCUCUCUAGCACCAGUAAAUAUGGUCAUGCUCUGUUUGUUUUCCUAUUAGAGGCUGUAGGCUGCAGCUGGGAUCAUUUAUGCUUUAUGUUCAGUGGGGCUUGAUUGGCCCGCAGGUCUGUGUGGCUGGACCCUUUACAGAGCUUGUGCUGGCCAACACUAACAAGUUAUUCUGAAAAUCAGUUUGUAUAAUGCAAGGCCGAAGUCCAUUUUUAGAAGGUUUACCUUUGUGCUGCAGGUUAUGAGUUUAUGUCCAGCACAAUGUAACUGAAUGAACUGUAAGUUUAUGGAUUUACACACUGAAUAGACAAUCAUUUCUGCUUUUCCUGUUAAUAAUCUAGUUGAAUAUUUAGUUCCUGUAAUCUAAUCUAGUUCCUGUAGCAUGUGUUCUGCAUAUUCGUUCACAUACUCUUUACUGCUUAUUUUUUGUGUGACUAUUCAGGUCAGGCUGUUAAUCAUGAGUCUACAUCAUGCACAACAUGUUGUGUCAGGUGUGUCAGUUUGAGCCGUUAAUAUGGAAAGCGGGGCGAUUGUGUGAAUGAAAACAAGUGGGACAGGUUUCUAAUGGUUGGGAAAGAUGUCAGUUGAGUUCAUCAUAGAGGUUACGGACUUGGGCGACUACAGCAAAUUUUACUUCUCAAAAACGUCUUGCGUCUUAUCCACAACUCUGUUUAACCAGAUGAUUAAUGUGAUGAAAUAGUGUUGCAUUCAAUGAAUUAUCACUCUUUUUAGUGUAAAUUAACUCAAUUUUCACAGAAAAGAGGCAAAUUAUGUUAUUUGUCUGGCACAAUAAAUAAUGUGCUUUUACUGCCCAUGGAAAUUAAAUAAUGGCAUUAAAUAACGUUAUUAAAAACAGAUUUUUUUUUUAUACAUUUUCUAUUUCUAUUCUAUUAUGGCACAAGUUGUUCAUUAAAUUACAGAGAAAAACAUUAUAACCAGGCUUUUAUAUACGUACUGUAAUCAAGCACAUUCACAUUGGUCAAACAAUGCUGUAUGUUUACAGUAAAGUAUGUCAGAUCUUGGUAUUCUGAGCCAUUUUCCACCACAUAAAAACUUAGUACUGACCUGCAAGCCUUGUUAGUAUGUACUUUGACAGUAAACUGACUAGUACGGUUGAGAAACACCAGACAUUAACACUCACACACUCAUUUCCUUUGGCUCAGAAUGUGUCAUCACCAUUGUUUCUCCAGUCUUGUCUCUACCACGUUGUUCACCAAUCCCAGCAGCCCCAGUAACCCACUUUUUCACGAGACGAUUUGUGGGAUCCCCUUUUUGUGGGACAUUACCCCACCCCCGCCUCAUUUUCCCGUUCUCUGAGCCUGACAAUCUGUCACCUGUACCGAUUGUUUUUUUUCUGUUGCUGGAAAUUUAGGAUAGUGGGGCAGCAGGCUAUAUGUGGAGAAUGAGGACAGGAGUGAAGGUGCGAUGGGCUGAGGGAGUAGAUGUUGCCAACAUGAGCUGAACAGAAUAUCUUUAGCCUGAAACAAAGUCUGCCUCUCAGUGAUAUGCCAUAUGUGUGCCGUCCUGUUUGUUUGUGUGUGUGUGUGUGUGUGUCUGUCACACUUCGUAACCUGUUACUGGGGAAACCUCAGCCAGUCAUUUAGCUUGCGUCAACUGAAUAUUGUUUUACUUGAAGCCUGGAGAGAGGAUGAGGAGUCUCUUUAACAGAAAGCUUGUUGUUUUUGCAUUGAUUAAAGAACUAACGAUAAGGCAUUUGCUUCUGCUGAGGGAGAAUUAUGCAUAGCAUCUGUGCUCUGCAGAAAUCCUGCCUCUCUUUCAGACUCGAUCGGAUAUUCAUUUAAACCAGCAGGCUAGCUGGUAAUCUGGCCUCAGGAGUAGAGGAGGAAUUUAGCCUCAUUUGUGGGUUUUUUCUCUUUUGCUUUGUCAAUUAAAUUUCACAGCAAUUUUAAAGAAAUUGUCUUGAUCAUCUAGAACUGCUGAAAUAAAGGCGCACUGAGAAGAAACUACAUUGGGAUUUUGGACAAAAUAUCCUGGUCCAAGGGUGUCGCUAGACCCUUUUUUACUGUGGCACAAGACCCACUGUGACCUGGCAAAGAUUUAACUGAUAAAUCCUUAUUUGUCAAUGGGAUUGAUGUAUACCAAUUUGAGAAUUUUCUCUGAUAAUAUUUCAGCUAUCAAGUCUUGUAUGUUUUUUUUUUUUAUCAGCUGUUUAGAAUCAGAACUAGUGUAGAUUCUAGAUCUAAUAGUGUAGAUUCGUGAAUAAAAAAAGGUCUGGAAUUGUUUGCUUAAUUCGGACAGUUCAUUCACACAAUAUAAGUUUGCAGUGGUUUCUCACACCAAAAUAGUAAUUGGAUAUUUUUUAUUUUUCUCUCAGCACAUAAUUGUCAAAGUCGCAGAGACAAUGUCAUGAUGACAGAGCUUGACUGGAGAUGGACACAGCGAGAGAAAGGAAUGCGUAUUCACAUUUUUUGGCUUUUUAAACUCACACUAGCUGGACUUAUUAGGUUUUAACUAAUGAUUGGCCCAGUAAUUAUUCAUUUUCGCUGAGUAUUGACAAAUGACGUUUGGUUCCAUUAUUGGUUCUCACACGCUUUUGUGGUCAGAAAGUGUAACAUCGUAGUAAAAUACUAGUUUUCUGCAGUAUUCUGCCACUAUUUCAACUACAGCGACCAGUGCAGUCUAAUUCGGUCACACUUUAUUUGAAGUUUCAAUUCUCGCUAUAAAUAAACCAUUAACUAUGACUUUUGCCUCAAUAAACUAUAUUUUUUAGAGAGUAAACAAAAAGAGCGCUGGAUAAGGUGGAUCAAUCUAUUGUAGAAAACAAAACUUGCAAAUGAUUUUUAUUGUUUGUUAAUGACUCUGCAGGUAAAGACAAUUUAUUUAUCUACCAUAUUGUUUUGGACCUUUCCUGAAGUACCUUAAGUGGUAUGGUAUUCUAAACACUGCAGUACAUGAAUAUGCGAUCAUUCAGUACCAUGGUAGCCAAUAAGGCACAUCCAUAUAUUUCUUCUGCAUACAGAUAAAGAUAAUAAAUUUCUAUAGCACAUCCAUAAUGAUUCUGUACUGCUAAGGGUUCAUUGAGAUGGACUCACUGUAACAGGACAUACUGAAUCGGUCAGAGCUACAGUGUGCAGGGCAUCCUUAGAGAGUAGAUUAGACUCUAGGUCAUAUCAUAUUAAAGGCUCUUUUUAUAAUGCCACAGCAUAAUGCGCCACAUUGCAGAAUUAAGCAAAUUCUGUUUCACGCUUCUAAGCGAGAGCGCUGCUGGCUGUGAAAGAGCGCUGUCUGAUAAAAAUUCAAGCAGAGUUCCAGAAAGCAUCUACAAUGACUCAACAAAAUCAACAUAUAGUGUGUGAGGCGAGCAGCCAGCUAAGACUUUCAUUUUAAAUUGCAGAAAAUGUUAUUUUUUUCCCUAUCAAUCAUCACGUCAGAGCAUGUGCAGACCUGUUUAGAAUGAAUAGUCUCUCUCAGAAACGGCCGCUGGACGCCGUCAGAGGUGUUGUGUCACCUGUAGAACAAUGAGGUAGAUUGUUUACGCAACCCCCCACAGCCUCAUUAUGUUAAUGCUUUGUGUUCUUGUGUGAGUCCCUGCAGACCCCAAUAGUCUCCCCUGCUCCCUUCCUUUUUAUGUUUACUCCGCUCCUACUAGGCUCACAUCAGCUUACGCUGGGCCACGCCAAAGUUCUUGGUCUGUACCCAAUUACUGCAGAAGUGUUUGCUCCUCUUGCUGUCUCCCUCUGCACCGUACAGUGAACACGGACAGCGAUGGCAGGGGAAAAACAACCUGCCUCAUGAAAAAUGACAGCUCUCCUUUAAAAAAAAUGAAGCAAUCUCUCACCAAUCUCUCAGGUUUGGAUCAGAAGAGGCCCGUUUCUUUUGUGAGGUGAACUGAGACUCAGUGUAGUUAUGGCCGGUGAAAAUGGAGAUUUCACAGCUGUUGGUGAUGGUGGAGAGAAGGGUUUGUGUGAGAUACUGUAGCAUUGUAAAUUCUGGUCCUAUAAGAACAAAAAGUCACAAAUGAGAUUCUAAUAUCUUAAUUGUUUCUCCUACAGAUAGCAAUGAGAUUGAAUUGAGAGCAAAUGGAGACUUUUGCUUGUACUUUUACUUGUACUACUCAGAUUUUUUCUCCUGACAUUGAUUUUUUUAACACAAAUACUAUGAAAACAUCAAAGUCAAAUAGUCAUUUUGGAAAACAUUGACUUUUUAAUUGUAUAGUGAAAAACAGUUGAAAGUGUUCUACAGAAGAAAGUAAGUCAUUCAGGUUGGAACAAUUUGAGGGUGAGUAAAUGACGAUAAAAUUAUGAUUUUCAGGUUAACUGUCCCUUUAAGCAUUUAAUGCUAUUACUGACUAAAGUAACUAGAAAGCUCUUGGUGUGUGACUUGUUUGCAGCACAUUUAAAAAAAGAGGGAGAAAUAAAAGAAACAUUUCUGAUGUAUCUUUAAUCACACUGUUAAUGACUAGUUUUGUACAGAAGCCAGUUCUUUACACACAACACAGAUUUUAGGAAAGUAGCAGUUGUCACUAGCUGAAUUUUCAGGGGUCAUACAUUUCAUAUUCUUUUACUGCAUUUUCAUUUGUUGCAACUGAAGGACACAAACACACACACACACACACACACACAAAUAAAUUAAUGUAUUUCUUUUACUCACCCUCAUGUUGUCCCUAACCGGUAUGACUUACUUUCUUAUGCAGAAUCCAAAAGGUGAAUUUUUAAAAAGAAUAUCCAGGUCUCUCUUUCAGUAUAAUUAAGGUGAAUGAGUAGUGGAGCUGUCAAGGUCCAAAAUGACAAAAACUAAUUGAAAAUCCAAAUAAAAAAAAGAAUUCAUAAGACUUCACAUGAUCCACUUUAAUUUUUUUGGUGCUUUUUGACAAAAAAAGCAUGGUCCGAGUGCUUAAAUUUUUCUCUGGAGAGUGCAUCUACAUAUUGAGCACAGCACUGCUACUAAUAUUAUACAGUUUUAAUUGGUUUUGUCACACUCAAAUCUGGGCAAAACAAAUCAACAGGAAACUUAAUUUAGCAGUUGGGGCACACCGGCACUCACAGACAAACGCAGUGUGCCCAUAACUUUCCAUUCUUUCACCUGCUCUCUCUGUGUGAGUUAAUGAGAGAGUCAGAGGUGCAGGAUUAGAUGUUCUGCUCUCUCUGCUGGACCGAGCACAAUGCCAUACCUUUGUUUCGCCUCUAGUAUCUUACACUCUCCCAUUUUUUCCCAGGGUUUGUUACAUUUCACACACUGGCACAUUUGUUCUGCAUUUAUUAGCACAGAUACAUAUUUACCCCCUUCCCUUUCACAUCUUGUAUUUCUCCAUGCUUAGGCUCGUUUGCUCUUUCUGCCAAAGCCAAUCACAUACGUUAUUGCCGUGGCUUUGAUUUAACACAUAUCUCAUCUAAUGCUUGCACAAACUUCUACUUAUACUGCACAUCGGAAUUCAAAUCUCAUCUUCCCUGUUUUUUCCUCUCCUCUGCCUUUGGUUUUUGCAGUCACAUGUUCAGCUCAACCUUUCUCCCCUCAUUCAGUGUCUCGCUUCAUUUUCUCUGUCCUCCUUCUCCUCUGCUAAGCACUGCAUUUAUUUCUCAGCUUGACCGUCCUUUGACCGGGAGAACUUCCCCCCCCUGCAUUUUAUCAGUUGCUCCUCCAUAACAGCAAUCACACACCCCAUAGGUGUCCCUUGCCUCUAUUUUUCUCUCAGCACAUAAUCAUCAAAGUCACAGAGACAAUGUCAUGAGGAUGACAGAGCUUGACUGGAGAUGGACACAGAGAGAGAAAGAUAUGCAUAUUCACAAGUUAUUUGGCCUCUUAAACUCACACUAGCUGAACUUAUUAGUUUUUAACUAAUGAUUGGCCCAGUAAUUAUUCAUUUUCGCUGAGUAUUGACAAAUGACGUUUGGUUCCAUUACUGGUUCUCACAAGUUUUUGCGGUCAAAAAGUGUAACAUCAUAGUAAAAUACUAGUUUCUGCAGUAUUCUGCCACUAUUUCAACUACAGCGACCGUUGCAGUCUAAUUCAGUUACACUUUAUUUUAAGUUUCAAUUCUUGCUAUUAACAAACCGUUAACUAUGACUUUUGCCUCAAUAAACUCUUAAUUUGCUGCUUAUUAACAGUUCAAAGGAAAGGAAAGGCCGUGACGUGGUGAACCAUACUCGGAAUGUGUGCUCUGCAUUUAACCCAUCCAAGUACACACACACACACACAGCCAUUUAUGUGCCUUGCUCAAGGGUCAUUCACUCACAAUCCCUGCCGGAUCUGAGACUCAAACCCGCGACCUUUGGGUUACAAGUCCGACUCUCUAUCCAUCAGGCCAUCACGACUGCCCCCUAAAGUAAUGCCCAGUUAGUAAUGUAGUUGUUAAAUUGAGGUAUUUGGUAGGAUUAGGGAUGCAGAAUUUGGUCAUGCAGAAUAUGUGCUUUAUAAGUGCCAAUAUGUUAAUAACAGGCAUGCUAAUAAGCAACUAGUAAAUAGUAAGAAUUGGUCCCUAUACUAAAGUGUUACCUCUAAUUCUUGCACAAAUUUGGGACUUUUGGGACAGUUCAUUUUAGUGCAUAAAACUAACAUGGCACAACCAGUGUAAGAGAGUCAGUUCUUUUUAGGGAAUCAAACACGUACUGCACAUCCAUCCAUCCUUCAAGCAGUUAAUCCAUUUAUCCAUCCAUUUACUGUAGGCUUGUGGAAUAGCACAACCAGUUCAAUUCCCCAACGAAUACCUCAAUGAGUUGGUUCUUUUUAGGGAAUCAAACACAUACAGCACAAUUUUGGGGUUAUUUUUGUUUAUCAAUCACAUUAAAUUGUGUUUAAUUGACAGCCCUAAUUUUCUGUAUUUUUAAUCUAUUAAUUAAAAUUCACUUUUGAUUUCCAUUA